AUGGGCGUCCAGAUAAAUUGCACAGAAGCCGAGGAGGAUAUCUUCAACCUAAUAAGAAGUCAUGCCAAAGAGUUUGGAAAUGUAACUCCAAGAGUUGCAGGAGGAUGGGUUAGAGAUAAGAUAAUGGGCCAUCCCAGCUUCGACAUGGAUAUAGCGUUGGAAAAUAUUAGCGGAUACAAGUUUGCAGCAGGACUAAUGAAAUCCUCGACAGGCCAGAAACUCACAGAAGUCCAUGUGAUAAAGGACAACCCUGAAAAGUCCAAGCAUCUUGAAACAGCAGUUGUAAGGAUAAAUGGAUUCUGUGUUGACUUUGUAAAUCUAAGGAACGAAACAUAUUCUGAAACGAGGAUUCCCAAUGUGAAUCCGGGAACUCCUCAGGAAGAUGCUUUCCGUAGAGACCUAACCAUAAACUCGCUAUUCUACAAUCUGUUUACCAAGGAAGUUGAAGACUACACCGGGAGGGGUAUUGAUGACAUAAAGAACAAGCUUCUAAUAACACCUCUAGAUCCAAGGACAACCCUCUUUGAUGACCCUCUAAGGCUUGUGAGAAUCUUCAGAUUUCAUUCUAAGCUUGGAUUCAAAAUCGACGGGAAGAUCGAAGAGGCGUUGAUGGACGAGAGAAUCAAAAGAGCGCUUGGAAAGAAGGUUUCCAACGAAAGAAUUCACAUAGAGAUAUUUAAAAUUCUCCACUAUCCAAGAGGGCAGUACGGGCUCCUGGAGAUAGUUAGAAGAGGAUAUGUAAGUCCUGUGUUUAAGCCACCUGUGGAAAGGGAGACACCUUACGAAAAAGGUCUAAUGUUUUGCGAGACUGUAGAAAAGAUCACAAAUUUGUGGGGAAGGACAUACAGAAGGGAGAUUUUAAAUCUAUACACUGUGUUAUGCUUCUUUAGCAGAUCGACUGUUCCAAAUGGGAAAAGUCUGCUGUUCUCAAAUGCUUAUAUCAUGAAGAUUUCACUUCCAUCUUCUAGGAGAUUUGUCAAAACGAUAAACAAGAUCGAGGAGAGUCUUGUUUUUCUGUCUGGAUAUGAUAUGAAGAAGAUAGGAGAUGAAGACUUAAUUAGGAUAGUGAGAUUUAUGGGGGAGACAUGGUAUGAAUCGUUAGUGAUAUAUUCUGCAAUUGAAUACAUUGAAGACAAUCAUGAAAAGUAUGAGGAUGGACUAAGAGUUGUGUACAGCAUUAUACAACAAGAAAUUGGAGAGUGCUAUCUCGUCAAGCCUAUCAUAGAUACAAGGUGUCUGGCUGAAACUCUAGGAAUCCCAAAGUCCGAUACAGGAUUCUACAUUGAGGAAAGUGUUGUAUAUCAACUCCUUAAUAGAACGUCAGAACCUGAGGAGAUCAUCAAUUAUCUAAGAAGAAUAAAAACUUCGAGGAAUGUGAAUUGA